UUUUUGUUUUAUUUUAGCCUUAAACAUUCUAAGUUUCAAAUGCUUAAAAAUUUUCAUCCUAUUGACCAACAACGUUAUUAUGACCGUGAACAGUUUUCAGCCACGGAAUUGAAUAGAUUUUUUGACAUUGGUCUCGAAAGCAUUUCUCAAGGAAAGUUAGCCGUGAUAACACUUGCUGGUGGACAAGCUAGUCGACUUGGAUCUUCCCUUCCAAAAGGCAUUAUUAACCUGGGAACUGGACUUGGGGCAGAAAAUGAUUCUCUUCUGUUUUUACAAGCUUGUCAAAUUAGCUAUCUCCAAAAGAAGGCCAAAGGAAGAAUUAUUUGGUUAAUAAUGACGAGCAAAUCGACAGAUGCAAAAAUACGUGAACAUUUGGAUAUUAUCUUGAAAAAGACAAAUUUGGAUUGGAAAAAUGUAUUAAUUUUUUUAAUAGAAUUGGAAGGGUGCGUGUAUUGUUACAAUUUUUAUGGAAACUCCUUUUCAAGAAAUAUUUAGUUUCGUAGUUUUUGUCCAGUAUUUACAAAUUUUUGGUGUUUUUUGAAUUUUUUCUUCGGGUGUAAACGUAACGCACCGUUAUGGCAAAAAAGCCAUAUUGACAAACCCCCAAAAACCGCCGAAAUGGCA